UAGGUACGGGCCGACUUUCCCAGCACACGCGACACCGUUCAUUCACCGUCCGUUGGCAACGCCGGAUGUUUCUGUUGCUGCUGUAAACACAAGUGAUUCAGAAGUUCAGCCGAGCGCCAUCCACUGCCCAACGGCUUUAUCAGUCCUCCAACAUCCUCACUACGAUGCAAACCCGCCCCCAACAAACCAGACCGACCAGGCGACGACGGACGGAGUCGAGCCCUCAACGGACCACGAUCCCGUAAACCAAGACGACCCGCGUCUCACGGCCGAUGUACUCCACGAUUCGAAACCCUGAGACCGAUAUACAGAGGAUCUAAGACCCCAAACGACGACGUGGGGCAAGAUUCGCGUACGUUAGAAACACGGGGUCUGCGUUUUAAAUGAACUGUGCUCUUUAAAAAUACCAUAAUUCUUCAGUGCAGUCAUUGGGUGUCUGGUCUAUGGUACCGAGGGAGCCAGAAACAACUGAGGAUCAUAAAUCACGCAGACUGUUCCGUGUCGCACCGACGCUCCUGGGGACGGCGCCUUUUCUCAGAUUUCACCUACACCUGAAAUCUGGGCGCCGGCAUCAGUUUGGGGCUCCGAGACUUUGGGGCGGGGGGGUCGGAGCAGGUCUGUCAGAGUCUGUAACCGAUCGUUGGGCGGACACUCUCCAACCACCUGGUUUUGUGUUACUAGUGGUUGUUAUCGUCCCUGUUUUCCGAUCGUGGUUCCUCCUCAACCACGAGUGGUGCGUGUCACUGAGCGUAUUUAGCACGUUCCCUGCAUUUCCUUCAAAAGUUGUAAAGAAAGAAAAAGACAGAGCAGGAAGAAAAGAGAAGCUUCUGACUUUCUCCACCUGUCACCGGUCACCUGAGCCUCGGUCUGCUCGCGCUCACAUCGUCGGAUUCUCCGACAGCGGACACCUUAGCAACAGUAACCAAGGGGGGCGGGGCUCGGCGAGGGCUCCGCUCAUCUCAGACGAGCUUCCGGUUACCGCGAGACGGCGCGGAGAUCGCGAGAACACAAAGUGGCGGCAGUUCGUCAUUCAGAGAGGACAUGCGGGAUUUCAUCGACGACGACCACUGCAAGACCGCGAUGAAUGAGGGGAACCGGGACCCGGGUUUCACCGACGAAGACCACUAUAGUAGCGGGAUAAAGGAGGAGAACCACGACCCGGAUUUCUUCGACGAAAACCACUACAAGAUCGUGAUUAAGGAGGAGAACCAGCACCCCGAUUUCAUCGACCAGGACCACCGCAAGACCGCGAUGGAGGAGGAGAAGCAGGACACGGAUUUCUUAGAUCAGGACCACUAUAAGACCGCGAUAAAGGAGGAGAACCAGGACAACUACAAGAGCGAGAUGAAGGAGGAGAACCAGGACCCGGAUUUCAUCGACCAAGACAAGCGCGAUGCCGCGAUGGAGGAGGAGAAGCAGGACCAGGAUUUCUUAGACCAAGACCAUUACAUGAGCGGGAUUAAGGAGGAGAACCAGGAAAACUACAAGAUCGUAAUUAAGGAGGAGAACCAGGACCCGGAUUUCAUAGACCAGGACCACUACAAGAGCGCGAUUAAGGAGGAGAACCAGGACCCGGCCCCCCGGAGCAACGAGCCCGCCGGGCCCACCGGUCUACAGAAACAGAGACGCACAAAGGUUCAUCAGAGAGUUCCAACUAAAGAGAAGCCGCAUAGCUGUGACCAAUGUGGGCAUACUUUCACAACUUCAAGUAAUUUAAAAACCCACCAGCGCACGCACACUGGAGAGAAACCAUACAGCUGCGAUCAAUGUGGGACUUGUUUCACCACAGCAGGUGCACUAAAAACCCACCAACACAUUCACACUGGAGAGAGACCGUACAGCUGUGAUCAGUGUGGAGCAGCUUUUAGCAAGUCAUGUUACUUAAAAACCCACCAACGCAUUCACACUGGAGAGAAACCGUACAGCUGUGAUGAGUGUGGAGCCGCUUUUAGUACAUCAGGUUACCUAAAAAUCCACCAGCGUAUUCACACUGGAGAAAAACCAUACAGCUGUGACCAAUGUGGGGCUUGUUUCACCACAUCGGGUAAUCUAAAAAUCCAUAAACGCAUUCACACUGGAGAGAAACCGUACAGCUGUGACCAAUGUGGAGCUAAAAACCCCUAAAACAAACACACAGAGAAAAGUAAGAGAAACCUACAGGAUAGCCAGCACACACAGUUCAGUAGGUUAUAUGACCUCAAAUCCCACCAACGCAUCCACACUGGGGAGAAACCAUACACCUGUGACCAAUGUGGGAAGGCUUUUGUGAGUUCAUCUAACUUACAAACCCACCGGCGCAUUCACACUGGAGAGAAACCGUACAGCUGUGACCAAUGUGGAGCAGGUUUCUCACAGUCAGGGGGUCUAAAAAACCAUCAACGUAUUCACACCGGAGAGAAACCUUACAAUGUGGUGCUUUCAAGUCAAGCUCCUGUACCUGAGCUGCGUCGGCCACAGGAGUCACAGCGCCCUCUGGUGGACAAACCUUGCAACGGCGACACCGGAGCCUGGUCCCGCAGACUUGGAUCGGUCCUGUCACACCUGUUGGAAAACGCCUCUAGUGGCUCGUUGGCACAGUCGGGGGGGGCGGGGCGGGGCUCGGCGGGGGCUCCGCUCGUCUCAGACGAGCUUCCGGUUACCGCGAGACAGCGCGGAGAUCGCGAGAACACAAAGUGGCGGCAACAAACAGAACCCGUCAGUCGUAGGGAUCUGCUGGACUUGAUCGACCGGGACCACUACAGGACCAGGAUGAAGGAGGAGAACCAGGACCCGGAUUUCACCGAUCACGACCACUACAAGACCCCGAUAAAGGAGGAGAACCAGGACCCGGAUUUCAUAGACCGGGAUGACUGCAAGACCGCGAAAAAGGGGGAGAACCAGGACCCGGGUUUUAUAGACCAGGACCACUACAAGACCGCGAUAAAGGAGGAGAACCAGGACCCGGAUUUCAUAGACCAGGACCACUGCAAGACCUCGAUAAAGGAGGAGAACCAGGACCCGGAUUUCAUAGACCGGGAUGACUGCAAGACCGCGAUAAAGGGGGAGAACCAGGACCCGGGUUUUAUAGACCAGGACCACAACAAGAUCGCGAUAAAGGAGGAGAACCAGGACCCGGAUUUCAUCGACCAGGACCAGCAGGAGAGCGGUACGACGGAGGAGAGCCAGGACCCGGCCCCCCGGAGCAACGAGCCCGCCGGGCCCACCGGUCUACAGAAACAGAGACGCACAAAGAUUCAUCAAAGAGUUCACACUAAAGAGAAGCUGCAUACCUGUGACCAAUGUGGGCAUAGUUUUACGAGUUCAAGUGGAUUAAAAACCCACCAACGCGUUCACACCGGAGAAAAACCAUACAACUGUGACCAAUGUGGAGCACUUUUCUCACAGUUAGGGAAUCUGAAAAUUCACCAACGCCGUCACGCUGGAGAGAAACCUCACAGCUGUGACCAAUGUGCAAAAGGUUUUGUGACUUUAGAUAAAUUACAAAUCCACCGACGCAGUCACACUGGAGAGAAACCGUACAGCUGUGAUCGAUGUGGAAAAGCUUUCUCCCAGUCAGGGAGUCUGAAAAACCACCAGUGUGUUCACACUAAUCCAGUGCGGAAACAGAGACGAGCAAAGAUUCAUCAGAGAGUUCAAACUAUAGAGAAGCCGCAUAGCUGUGACCAAUGUGGGCAUACUUUUACGACUUCAACAAAUUUACAAAUCCACCAACACAUUCACAUGGGAGAGAAACCAUACAUCUGUGAGCAAUGUGGAAAAGCUUUUAAGACUUCAAGCAGUUUAAAAACCCACCAACACCGUCACAAUGGAGAGAAACCGUACAGCUGUGACCAAUGUGGGCAUGCUUUUACGACUUUAAAGAAUCUAAAAAUCCACCAACACAUUCACACUGGAGAGAAACCAUACAGCUGUGAGCAAUGUGGAAAAGCCUUUACGACUUCAAGUAGUUUAAGCAUCCACCAACGUGUUCACACUGGAGAGAAACCAUACAGCUGUGACAGAUGUGGGAAAGCUUUUUCUCGGGCAUAUCGCUUAAGAAGACAUCAACAUAUUCAUACUGGAGAGAAACCACACAGUUGUGACCAGUGUGGGAAAUCUUUCAUUGAAUUCAGUUCUCUAAAAACUCAUCAACUUGUUCACACUGGAGAGAAACCGUACAGCUGUGGUCAAUGUGGAAAAGCUUUUACGGCUUUAAGUAGUUUAAAGAUCCACCAGCGUAUUCACACUGGAGAGAGACCGUCCAGCUGUGAUCAGUGAGAAGCAGUUUUUAGCAGGUCAUGUUACCUAAAAUUCCACCAACGUAUUCACACUGGACAAAAAACAUACAGCUGUGAUGAAUGUGGGAACGCUUUUGAGACUUUAGGUCAAUUACAAACCCAUUAUGCUGUCACAACAGAAAGAAAGAAAAACUGUGACCGUUGUGGUUGAGGUUUGGUCAGCUGCUUUAUCCUGCCUUCAGUCUUUUAUGCUAAAUGUCUCCUGACUCACUGAGAUUAAUAUAAAUCUUUAUAAUUUACUUUUGGACAGAAAGCAAAACAUUUCACUGAAUAUUUUAUAACUCUUCUAAGAAAGACAUAUGGGUAUAUAGUUCUGUAACAUAAUAAAAUGCAUUUAUUAAAAUUUUAACAGGAGUAAAAAGGGAAAUGGUUGAGUUGGCCAAAAGGUGAAAUUUUUUUUAUUUUCAAUAUUUUUUCCUGCAAAAAUAAAAUGAUUAAAUCAUAUUUUCUGACCUCACGUGCGAGACAUUUGAACAAUAAUUAGUUAUAUCCCCAGUGGGAAUCAAA